AAUCCACGAAGAAGAAGUCUUCCGCCCCAGAAGUAAACAGGAAGUCAUCAAUGGACGUCCCAGCAGCCGCCAGCGGUGCUGUGCUGGCAAACAUGAGCGAUGUUGCCCAGACAGACUUCAUCUACUGCUGCGGAGCCAUCACUGAACUUCUACGAUGUGGUCCUAAACAUCUCAACUCUGAACACAAACUGCUGGUUCUUAUUAUUCCUGGUAACCCCGGGGUGGUUGGCUUCUACAGAACCUUCCUGCUAACACUAUGGAGUGUCUUUGGCCACCACCACCCUGUGUGGGCUGUGAGUCAUGCCGGACACUGUGUGCCCCCCGCGUCCAUGGACAUGGUCCAAGAUGCCUCCUCCACGGGGGCCAGAGACGUGUUUGGUCUUGAUGGGCAGAUAGACCACAAACUGGCUUUCCUCAAGAAGAAUGUCCCCAAGGACACCAAGCUGGUCCUAGUGGGACACUCCAUUGGUUGCUACAUCAUUUUGGAGAUCUUGAAGAGAGACCCCAGUCUCCAGGUUGUGAAGGCUGUCAUGCUUUUUCCCACCAUCGAACGCAUGGCCCUGACUCCUCAAGGGAAGGCCAUGACACCUUUACUGUGUCACCUGCGCUACAUGACCUACCUGCCCAUCUUUCUGCUCUCUCUGCUGCCUGAGGUGCUCAAAAGAAGUCUGGUCAACCUGGUUCUUGGUGGCCUUCGCUGUAGGGAUCAGUCCAUAGUCCAAGCAACUGUAGGCCUUCUCAGUGGAGACUGUGCAGCUAAUGCUGUGUACAUGGGGGGGCAGGAAAUGAGGAAGGUGCUGGAAAGAGAGAACCUGACCAUCGAGAAAAACCUUGAGAAGAAGAUCAUCCAGUCAUGGCAGCUGACUCAACAAGCUGCUCCCACUGUCUGCUGUGCCUUCAACACACAAGUAGGGCUGGGAGUCCACAAUGUCUUCUUCUUCAGGCGGAACAAACAUUAGUUUUACAAGAAAAGAUUACAACACUUCUGCUGGUAACAAUUCAAAGGCUGCUCGUUCUUCUAGAGGAGGACAUAGAAGCUCUAUGAUGGAACAUUUCAACACACAGCAUGCAACAACUGUCAAUAAAAGUCAUUUAUCCAUGUGUGUGUACGUGUAUAGGUGUGGGUAUAUAUGUACAAAUACAUAUAUACAUACAUAUGCCAGUUUGUAGCCACUAGGGGGCGCUAAAGACGCAGGUUGCUGAACCCCGGACUAUAACUACAUGUCCAGGUUUAUAUACAAACCCCAAAAGCAGUGAAGGGUUGUGUAAAUGGUAAAUACAAUGUUGUGUAAAUGGUAAAUAAAAAGUUGUGUAAAUGGUAAAUAAAAUGUUGUGUAAAUGGUAAAUAAAAAG